ACGACGAACAAGUGACACUCAGUGAGUCUCAGCUGACUCUUGGUAAACACGAGCCAGUAGAAGUUCUUAGUUUUUACAUAUUUUCAUUAAUUAUUCAUCAAGAUGGCCAACCGUGCUAUUGCUCACAGACGUAAAUGGGCCCUAGACUUGGCUGGCCGGAGAGGAGAGCGUGGUAGUGACAACCUGCCUGCCCCGCCUGGUUAUAGAAGUUCAGUGAAUCAGGUUCAUGCUGAGGCCAACAGACAGGGCGACCCAAACCUGGUUAUUAAGAAAGCCUGGGACACGGCACUCAGUCCUCUUAAGUCUGUACCAAUGAACCUGUUUUUGAUGUUCAUGGCAGGAAGCAGCAUCAGUAUAUUUCCCAUCAUGAUGGUAGGCAUGAUGUUGUUGCGGCCAAUCAAGGCACUCUGGGCUACAAAUGCUACUUUUAAAACCAUUGAGGGGACACAUGCUGGCCUACAGAAACUCAUCUAUCUGUUGGGUAAUCUGGUUAAUGUUGGUCUGGCAGUAUACAAAUGUCAUAGUAUGGGUAUUCUUCCAACCCAUGCCUCUGACUGGCUGGCCUUCCAAGAACCUGCUAUCCAGAUGGAGUUCUCACAUGGUGGAAUGACGCUCUUGUAGGCCACAUGCAGGGAUCAGAGGAUAGACAUUUAAGGUUUUUAUUGUACUCUAGCAUUAUUUUUACUUUGAAUUUUACAAGAAGUUAUGUUUAUGUCUGAAUAUAACUUUGUUUAUGUUGGUACCCAAAGAUCUGAAUGCCAAGUAUAAUUUAUUCAAAAUCCUGCUUCUCUGUAAGUCAGUGAUACACUGUAGUGUUCUCUUCACAAGGGAUGGGUUUUUGGGUCAAUUCCCACCCAGAGUGCAGGUGCAGAUGAUGGAACAACCCUUGUGUGGAAUAACAUCCUGUUAAGGCAGUUGGGUAAUUCAUUAAUUGCUAAAUGUUAGGAAGUGGUAACAGCAUCUGCACAACCAUCCUAUACAGUAUGACGGCAGAAAAAGUUUUGUGAUGGUGAAAUAAUAAAUCAAAAGAAAGGUGAGAUUAUUAAGUACAUAGUUACAAGGAUGAAAAAAAAGAAAGAUUUAAAAUAAGGUGCAGACUUAAGUGACCAGAGAGCAAUCUUCAGAUAAAGAGCAUUAGAGGGAUGCCAUGUAACUGUGUUGUAUGAUGACUCAAAUGGGCCCCAACCUAAUCAUUAGGAUUGUCUAGUUCAGUUGGUUAGAUUGGGGCCUACUAGGAUUGGGUCCAUUUUACCCACAACCAUGUUACUUUUCCAUUGUACUGAAAAGUUUUUAAGGAAAUGCAUUUCUAAGUGUAAUGGAUGCCUGUAGCCAUAUAUCCAUGUAUGUAUUUGUUGUGGUGUAUUUGACUGAAUGAAACUGAUGACAGAUUAAAAAUUAUUUGAAAAUAAGUUGCACAGUACUGUUCAAUGUUACAGUAUAUGGGUUAUGAAAUAGUAAUAUUGGGCUAUCUUGUAGGUACAGUACUUUACUUUCAAUCUGCAUAUUCCACCUUUGACAUUGUUUCAUUUGAAUGUGUAACUUCUUAAGUACAGUAUAAUGACACCAUUUGGUAUGAUGCUGUACUCAAGCGGUUCACCAGUCUCUCAUGGUACGGUAGGUGCAUUUUAUGCCAGUAUAAAUUCAACUAAAAGUAAGUUUAUUAAAGGGUAAUGACUACAGGACUGAAUGCAGACUGUAAGAUAUGUACGAGUAGUAUGAUAGUUUUCACCAUGAACUUUUAGAUAUUGUCUGUUUGUAGUUACAGUACAUUAUUACAUUAUUGUAUUUGAAUAUUUAUUGAAAAUAAAAACUGGAACACUCA